AAACAGAAAUCAGUCGUCUGUAUCAAUGAUCCUAAUACACUGAAAGGUAAGAACUGCGCUGAUUUGUACAACAAAGGUAUCAGACAGAAUGGAGUUUACAAGAUUGAUCCAGACGGCAAGGGCAGUUUCAAUGUUCGCUGUGAUAUGACGACAUCUGGUGGAGGAUGGACGGUGUUUCAACGUCGCCGCGAUGGCAGUGUUGAUUUCUACCGAGGAUGGCAAGAUUAUAAGCAUGGUUUUGGUGAUUUGAACGGAGAAUUCUGGCUCGGACUUGACAAAAUCCACAGAUUAACAACGGCUUCUGGAAAUAAGCUUCGUAUCGACAUGGAAGACACUUCUGGGCACAGAAAGUACGCAGAAUAUGGUUUAUUUGCUUUGACCAGCGAGCGUCAGAAAUAUCAACUUAGUCUUGGGACUUAUUCUGGCAAUGCAGGAGAUUCCUUCUCUGCUCACAAAGGAAUGUCGUUUUCAACAAAAGAUUCCGACAAUGACGCACAUACCAAGCACUGUGCUGUCGCAUACAAGGGUGGUUGGUGGUAUAAUGCUUGCCAUACAUCAAAUCUCAAUGGUCUGUAUCAUCAUGGUGCACACAACUCAUAUGCUACUGGUGUCAACUGGCAAGCGUGGAAAGGGUAUCAUUAUUCCUUGAAAUCAACAUCGAUGAAAAUCCAUUCUCGAGCAGCUGGACUGAAAAAAUAAGAACAAACAUAACCGGCACUUCUCAUUAUUAUUAAACAAUUAAACAAAUAUGUAAAAACCAAAACUUGAUUUUUGAAAUUUAGUUAACAUGUGUCAGUUCUCCAACUGUUGAUUCUUUUUCCUAAUUAAUUAUUUUCCCUAAUUAAACAAUAUU